ACAAGCGGAGGCUGUGACUGGGGAACUGGAAUGGAGGUCACAACUUUGAAAGCAAGGUUUGUUGGUUUCGCUCGUCAGCGGUCGAUACAGGAGCAUCUCGGCGAUGCGAGGUUCGUGCACUCUCGAUGUGACCGCAGGAUGACAGAAGCGCAAGAGCGGAGAAGGAAGGAGUCGGUUCAUCUUUCAACGAGUCGGGCGUAAGAUGUUUAGGAGUGCCAGCAUGAACCUGGGCGCAGUGGCGUUGCCGGGAUGCCAGGCCAUCCUGUGCUUCAUCAACAUUGUCCUGCAGCUGGUCUCACUGCCUCCGUCCUACUGGGGAACCUACAUUGCAAAGACUGAUCAAGGAGCCAUUCUCGAACGUGGCCACUUCGGAUUGUGGUACGUCUGCAGCGAGCGCGUGCCGUUCUUCUUUGAGGACUGCGAGGCUCCCAUCACGUACCUGAGGCUGACCGGACUCAGCACGGCCGCCGGAGCGUUGGCCAUCAUUCACCUGCUCAUACUGUUCGGAGCUCUACCGCUCAUCGUCAUACGCUUGGUCCAGUCUAUUCGAAACAUUGAAGACGGGUGCCUUGAUGUGCGAUUCCUGUGUUUGGCCAAGACUACUGUCACUGUUGUUGCAUUGAUCCUUGCAGUGAUUGUAGUAAUCCUUGGCAGCAUGGGCACAGAUCAGCCGGUCUACUAUGAAGUGCAGCAAGGAUGGGCAUUCUGGAUUCAGGUUGUCAUUCUGAUCAUCGACAUCUUCCUUGUGCUGGUUGGUGCACUGGAGAACAUUCAGCUUUGGAAGCUGCAGAACAUGCAAGAAGCGGCAAACACAGGGACGAGCAGCUACCAGGAUGACUUUUCCGAGACGUACAGUAACCCCGGCUUUGGUCGACAACCCGUGUACGAUGUGCAGCAACGCGCGUACGACACCGAGCUUCCGGCACCUCCACCUUCUCCACCCGAGGAGUUGGAGGACUCGGACUUCAACGGAUCAACGGCCGGAUUGCCACCACCACCUCCCCUUCCACCGCCAGGCGACAACGAUAACGGGUACCCGGAACCCGACGCUGGUUCCAGGAAUGGUGCUGACCUGACCUAUCAGAAUCCCACAUUUGAGGACAGCUCACCGAGCACUCAGAGGAGGACUGCCAACAAUGAACCGCGCUAUGGCAACCUCUGAAGUGCCGGUGAUUGUGGUGGACCGGCAAGGUUUGAACGCUGGGCCGAUCAGCCCAAAGCUGUCUGAGCAGAGGGGUGUGAAAGACUAAAGGCUCUGUAUGUAGCAGAUACCCUUCAAAAUAAGUUAUGCUAACAUGAAUUUUCUGUUAAGCUGAACACAAUGGGGACCUUGGUUUUGGUGAUCAGUUAUCAAGGUAAAUUUUGACAAGAGCAGAUUUCUGCUGAACGUAUAACGGUUUCCAACAAGUACGGACGCGAGCACAAGUAGAAACGGACAGGACAACAUUGGUGUC